GAGGUCUGAGUUUUCACCAGAACCACAAAUAAUGCUAAUUUAUCUCUACUUUUUCUCUCUAGAAAAGAAGUGACGCAUAGAAACGAGACACAAGCUGCAAGCAUAAUAGAGAUUAGAGCAUAAGAAUGAGGUUCAUAUUCCAAUUUCCAAUAUUCUAAAAUUCAAUAAGAUAAAUAAUUAGAAGGCCAAAAAUAUUAAUGGCUGAAAUAAUUGUUUAUGUAGUGGAGAGGUUUCGCAUUUUGCUAAGUGAAGAAGCAAUUUUCUUGGUCGGAGUAAAGGAAGAAGUAAUUCGACUGCAGAAUGAGCUUAACAGAAUGCUGUCGUUCCUGAAGGAUGCAGAUCAAAGCACUGACGUGAAUGAAAGAGUGAAAAAUUGGGUGGCUCAAAUAAGAAAUCUCUCUUACGAGGCUGAAGAUGUUGUAGAUACUUUCAUCUCGAACAAAGUACGUGAACAAAGUGGGUUCUACGGUCGAGUGAAGGACUUGAUUUGCAUCAUAAACAGAGAGGUUGGUACCCAUAAUGUUGGGAACAGGAUUAGAGAGCUCAAUAGAAGGAUUCUUGAUAUAUCACAAAGUCGGCAAACGUAUGGUGUCGGAAAUAUUGGUGAUCAGCAAGAAGCGAGCAGAAGUUUGAACAACAAACUAAGAGAGUUUCGGAGAACAUCACCAACUGCAGAUUCAGAUGAGGUUGUUGGACUUGAGGAGGACAAACACUUGCUUAUCAAUAAACUCAUUAAUGAUGAGAAUUGGCAACGUAUUGUGGUAACAAUCUCAGGUAUGGGAGGUAUAGGGAAAACAACACUUGCACAGAAAAUAUUCAAUGCCUCAGAGAUUAAGAACAGAUUUGCUUGCUAUGCUUGGGUUUGUGUUUCGGAGGAGUACCUUUUGUGCGGUCUUCUUAAAAAAAUUAUCAAGUCGUUCAAAGAGCUCACAAUGCAGGAAAUGGAGAACAUUGAAGGAAUGAAUGAAGAGGACUUGGAAUAUCGUCUUCAGAAGCUAUUGAAAAAACGUCGUUAUUUGCUUGUACUAGAUGAUGUAUGGGAUAAGGAAGUUCUAUCAAGCUUAAGAAGAGCUUUACCAGAAGAUAAGAAUGGAAGCAGAGUCAUAGUAACUACUCGUAACAAUAAUGUAACCGCUGAUGCGACAUGUUUUUUACAUGAACUCAAAUUUCUGAGUGAGGAAGAAAGUUGGAAGCUGUUUUGCAAGAAAGCAUUUCCUGACUCUGACAGCAGGGUUAUAUCUGAGUGUAAUCCAGACUUGGAAAAGUUAGGAAGGGAGAUGGUGGCUAGAUGUGGGGGUCUGCCUCUUGCAGUUGUUGUAUUGGGUGGAUUACUAUCAAAAAAACAGGCACAUGAAUGGCAUAAAGUGAGGGAUCACAUAUGGCGACAUGUUACAAGAGAUUCAAGUUAUCUACAACCCAUAAUAGAAUUGAGCUUCAUCGAUUUGCCGAGUGAACUCAAGCCAUGCUUUCUGUAUUUCAGCCUUUUCCCAGAGGACUACACGAUAAAUGUAGAGAAGUUAAUCAGACUGUGGGUGGCAGAGGGAUUCAUAGUUCAAGGAGAAGAGGUAAUGGAAGAUGUGGCUGAGGAAUAUCUCACAGAGCUCAUACACAGGAACAUGGUUCAGCAAGUUGGGAAAUCUUUGGGUAAGGCUACAUCAUGCAAACUUCAUGAUAUCCUACGAGACCUAGCACUUCAGAAGGCAAGAGAAUACAAUUUUCUUGAUAUAUACAGUGGAAAUAAGCAUUCAGAAUCAAGUUUGUUCCCAUUACUCAGAAGGCAAGUUGUACAUUCAGGUCUCGAAAGGUACAUUUCUGAUAAACAUUCAUAUUCAAACAUACGUUCUGUCAUUGUUUUCAAUGUAGAUCAGUAUAUAUGCAAAACAGAACAGAUAACCUUUUUAUAUACAAGUUUCAAGCUUUUAAAAGUUCUCGACCUCGAAGAUAUCAAGUUACCACACUCGGGCAAAGUGGAAAAGAUUCCUGGUUCAAUAGGAGAUUUGAUCCACUUAAGGUACUUGUCAUUGAGAAAUGGUAGUAAAUCAAGGCUACCGCGUUCUAUAGGUAAACUGAGAAGCUUACAGACUUUAAUAGCAACGGGGAAUUCCGACUGGAUAUUACCUAGAGAAAUAUGCAAAUUGACUCAGUUGAGACAUUUGGUUGCACAUUCUCAUGGCUGUCUCCAAAUCAGCACCUUAACACAACUCCAGACUUUAAAAUACAUGAAGUUUGAGCAAUGGAUAAAAAUUGAUAUCACAAAGCUCAGCAAACUUCGUGAACUGGAGAUACACAGAAUAAUUACUCCAGGUCAUCCCAUAAUUGACUCUCUCACUCAACUAAAGAACCUUCAAUCACUAGUUCUUCAAGCAGAUACUAGCUUACCGCCACUACUGCCAUCACUGUCUCAAAAUGAGAAUCUCUUCAAACUGAAGCUUGAAGGAACAAUACAACACUUACAUGAAGAUCUACAUCAGUUUCCACGAGGUAUAAGAAUUUUGAGGUUAAAUAACACAAAACUCAAGCAGGAUCCACUUCGAAUUUUGGGAAGACUACCAAAUUUAACUCUUCUUGAGUUAGCAAAUGAUGCAUAUAUUGGUAAAGAAAUGGAGUGCAUUGACAGAAGAUUUCCUCAACUAGAAAUCUUUCGAUUGUCAUGGUUGCGAACAUUAGAGAAAUUAAUAGUUGAUGACCAAUCCAUGCCUAGAUUAAAGAUUUUUAGUAGAGAAGACUGUAGUAACCUAAUGGAGGUUCCAAUGAGAUUAAGGAUUCUACCAAAUUGCUAAGAAAGGGAGCAUCAAGUACUGGAAAAACAUUUUACCAACUCUAAUCUUCGAAAGGGUUGUCUUGUUGUAUCAUUAUUUUAAAGUUAUUAUGUCAUAGUGCGAAUUUUGGUCCAAAGUUGUGGCAUGAUAUGCCGCAACAGAAUCUUUUUGAUGUGUAUUUUUUUUUCUAUUGUGUGCUUGGAAUAAGACUUUGUUAGUAAAUGAAAUUAGUUAACCAUACA